CGUGGGGACGGUGACGACAGUGGCGGUUCGGCCCGGGCCGGCGGCACGCGCCGUAGAGUGGGCCUCUUCAGUUUGUCGCGAACCUGUGAGCGGUCAACAACACAAACAAAAGAUGUCCUCGUCCCGCGGGGGCCUCCUGGUCGUCACCGGGCUGCUGGGGCUCGUCGCCGUUGAGGCUUUUCCCGGCAGGGUGUCACGGGCGGCAGACCUGUGGUGUCCGGAGGCCGCGCUGACAGACGGCCAGCUGGAGCCCGUGCUCAAGCGCAUCGUCGAGGAGGGCCCCCGCGCGUGGGGCGACACGGGCGUCCCGGAGAACACCCCGCCACCCUGGAUGGACAAGAAGCGGAUGGCGGCCGGCAGGGCCUUCCUGGAGAGGUACCCGCUCGCCUCGCUAUUCGGGCACGUGCACGGCCUCUACCUGCUGUUUGCGGUGCGGUCCGUGUUGGACGUGCUCGUCUUCACCGGCAACUCGGACACACCGGACGAGGCCUUCAUCAGGUACAUGGACACGUUGAAGGGAGUCGGGUCGUGGUACUCGAGUGACUUCUUCACGCCGGGCACCCCGGGCUACGAGCAGCUCAAGCGCGUCCGGUCGCUGCACUCGCUGGUGCGCAAGGACAUGGCGGACCGGCCUCAGGACGAGGUGCGCAACAAGACCCGCAUCGCCGGCUCCUUCAAGGGCUGCCCCAUGAGCGCCGCCCUGCGCCGCGACCUGGGCCGGCAGGCGAGCACCGCGUGCCCACGGCGCACCGCGAAGCAGGACGCCGACAACGACAUCGGCGAGGACACCGGUGUGCCAGGAGCAGUAUGGAUGAGCCAGUACGACAUGUCGGUGACGCAGUGGGCCUUUGUCGGCCCCAUCAUCCAGUUCCCGGAGCGGUACGGCGUCGGUAACGCCAGCGUGGAGGAGCUGGACGGCUUCGUGCACCUCUGGGAGGUGAUCGGCUACACGCUCGGCAUCGACGACAGAUUCAACUUCUGCCAGGGCGGGCUGGAGCCCACCGUGCGGCGCUCGCGCGAGGUGCUCUCGACCAUCGUGCUGCCCGGCCUGCGGGCCGCGCCGCCGCCCUGGGAGUACAUGGCGCGCUGCAUGGCGGACGGCCUGGGCUACCUGCUGCCGGGCGUCGGCUUCGAGACGCAGCUCGCCAGCCUGCUCUCCGUCACCCUGGACAGCCCCGCGCCCGCCGUCGCGUCGCAGCUGAGCGCGGCGCAGCGCCAGGCCGUCGCCGGCUACCGCGGCGUCAUGGACUCUCUGCGCCGGGACGGUGACGGCGUGCUCCUGACGCCCGUCCGACGCCUCUACAAGCAGAUCCUCCCCAUCCUUUCCACGUCCGUGCCCUUGGAGGACGUGAAGCGGCUCCGCCACCGGCGGCCGCACCGAUCCAAGAACUGCUACCCGGAACUCUAAGCCCCCCGCCCUGAUAUGUUUAAAUAAAGUAAUUAUUUAAUGUAAAA